CCUCUCACAAAAUCACUGCCAUUAACCGUCAAUGGCUUCUUCUAAUAAUUCCCUUUCUUCUCUCAACGUCGUCGGAUACACGCACACUCCACCCAACAACCACCUUUCUUCGCUAUCACACGUCACUCUCAUAACCGUAACGGUCCUCGCCGUCGCCGUUACCGUUUCCCUAGCCUUCUAUUUCCUUCUCCGUUACCGUAGCCGCUUCCUCCGCCGUUCAUCUCCGUCAAUCGCGGAAGUCUUCUCCUCCGCCAAUCGGAUAUCGCCGGAGACCGCUUCGUCUUCCGUCGCCGACUCUCUCCCGACGUUCGCCUUCUCUUCCGUCACGCGGCACGGCGGCGGCGGAAGCGGCGACGGCGACUGCGCCGUGUGUCUUUCGAAGUUCGAGCAGCACGACCUCCUCCGCCUGCUACCUCUCUGCUGCCACGCCUUCCACGCCGAGUGCAUCGACACGUGGCUCCGCUCGAAUCUCACGUGUCCGCUCUGCCGAUCCGCCGUUGUUGGAUCGGAAUCCGACCUCGCGAAGGUUUUCCGGUCGUCCUCCGUCGCUGGCGGCGACAGCUUCCGGCUGGAGAUAGGGAACAUCAGCAGCAGCCGCCGCGGUGCGGCGACGUCCGCCGGCGGCGGAGAAACGCGCGGAAGAUCCUAUUCCGUUGGCGCGUUCGAGUAUUUCAUCGACGAGGAGGCUGAGGUUGCGUUCAGUUACGCUCACCGGAGAAGCGUUUCAGGCGAGAAAGACGACGGUGAUCCGGCGGAGCCUCUGCCGAGCUUGGCUGGUGAGGUAGAGCGUGGUGGAAGUAGUAAUAAUGAUAGCAAUAGCUGGUUGAAGGAUUACGUUGAUCGUCUUUCGAAUACGAUGUCGUUUCGAAGUUCUGGAAGGUUCUUCACUGGGAAUAGUCGCCGAAGCGACGUCGUUGCGGGUGGAGAUUACGAUGUGGAAGCGAACCGUUUUGGGGAUGAAAUCGGUGAAGUUUUCCGAUGGCUCUCGGGGGUUUAAGAUGUAAAUAAACGGAAUAUAUAGUUAGUGAAGAUUUAGAAUUUUGAGAAGUUUUCAUUGGGUUAAUAGUUACAUGAUAUACACACAUCAGACAUGAAUUGCAUUUUACGAAUCACAUUACCAAAGGUUAAGAAUCAGUGAAAUCGGUGUUAGUUGUUUUUCCUUUGUUAAGUUUUUGGUGAAAAAGAAUCUUCUAUUUGGGAUCCUCUGGAGUUUUUAAAAAUUGCGGGGUGGUGUUGUUGAUCCAACGGUUGAUGCGUAUUUCAUUGUUUAUAGUUUUUACUUUAGUGCAAAAUGUUUGUAUAGUUUUGACUCUAGUGCA